AUGGCGAAGUUGGCCUGCGUCACCGGCGGCAAUGGCUUCGUCGGAUCAUCGCUUGUCAAGCUGCUGCUUCAGAGAGGCUACCGCGUCCGUGCGACCUCCAGAAACCCUGGUUCGUCUCCUUCCCUCCUUCCCUCCUCCCCAGAGAGAGAGAGAGAGAGAGAGAGAGAUGGGUUUCUCUGUCGUCGUUUCUGAGAGUAUCUCAAUCUGUUUUCUGGUAGAGGCCACGUCAAAGCUGGAGUACAUGAGGGCACUGAAGGAGCUGGGGGACCUGGAGAUCUUCGCCGGGGACCUGAUGGUUCCCGGCAGCUUUGACCAGGCGGUGGCCUCCUGCGAUUACGUCUUCCACGUCGCCUGCCCGGUCAACCUCGAGGACGAGGACCCCGAGGUAUUCGACGAAAUGCCUGCGCGGAGCCAUUGACCCCGACCCUCAUGGAUUUCUUUCUCCUCGCUGCGCAGAACAACCUGAGACUGCCGGCGGUGGUAGGAACGUUGAACUUGUUGACUUCGUGUGCCAAGGCGGGGACGGUGAAGCGGGUCGUGUUGACUUCGUCGGGGGCGGCGGUCUCCGUCAACCGGCUACGGGAAAGCGGCCUCGUGAUGGACGAGACGGCGUGGUCAGACGUCGAUUACCUGAAGGCAGAGAAGCCACCGACGUGGGUACGCAUUGGAGAGAGAACCCUCGCCGGAUACUCCAUUGCUAGGGUUUUUGGUCUCUGGGUUUUGCAGGAAUACCCGGUGGGGAAGAAGAACCCUCGCCGGCGGUCAAGUUCUCCCAAAAGCACUCCAUUAUUAGGGUUUCAGAUGUUUUGGUUCUGCAGGGAUACCUGGUGGGGAAGACGGAGGCGGAGAUGGCGGCGUGGAAGUUCGCAGAGGAAAACAAGCUCGACCUCGUCGCCGUUAACCCGGUGCUCAUCGUCGGCCCUUCUCUCGUCCCAGACCCUCCUCCCAGUGUCCGGGUUGCUCUCUCCUACCUCUCUGGUCUGCAUCUCUCUCUCUCUCUCUCUCUCUCGCCCUCUCUCUCGCCCUCUCUCUGGAGGCCUGAACCAGGGUGAUGCAGGAGACGAGAGGCUUCAAGGUCCGCUGAAGAUCAUGCAGUCUGUCUCCGGCUCCGUCUCUCUUGUGCACUUAGAGGACGUUUGCCGGGCCCAGGUCCACCUGGCCGAGUCGGAGAACGCGUCGGGGCGCUACAUCCUAAGUCCGAUCAACACGGGAGUUGCAGAGCUCGCCGAGUUCCUCGCGACUCGGUACGAGCUGCCCGAGUUCCCCCGCAUCACCGCCUAUCCCGACGGCGCACCGCCGAGGCCGAAGCUGGUUCUCUCCUCCGCCAAACUCGUCGGAGAAGGCUUCCAGUUCAAAUACGGGAAUCUUGAAGACGCCUACGACGACCUCAUCAAGUACGGCUAUGCGGUGGGGCUCCUGGCGCCGGUGGGGGUGAAAUACAGCUUAAAGACACCAGUGGCGGCUGUGAAAUGA